CCCUUUAAGGCGCUCGUGCUUUCCCGUAGGGUUCGGGGAUGCCUGCUACCAAGCCCGCCGCCUCGCGUAAAGCUGGGAGGAUACCGACAUAGCGCAUUCAUUUUAAAACAAAUUCGAAAACGAUUUAAAAUCGUAAAUCUGAACGCAAGACCUUCAGCGCGGUGCAGCAGCAAGAGUUUCGCAAAUGCAAGCCAUAAAAUGUGUGGUGGUCGGCGAUGGGGCGGUGGGAAAGACCUGUCUCCUCAUCAGCUAUACCACCAAUGCCUUCCCUGGAGAGUAUAUCCCCACAGUGUUCGAUAACUACUCGGCCAAUGUUAUGGUGGAUGGGAAGCCCGUCAAUCUGGGCCUAUGGGAUACGGCGGGGCAGGAGGACUACGAUCGCCUUCGACCACUCUCUUACCCUCAGACGGAUGUCUUCUUAAUAUGCUUCUCUCUGGUGAGCCCGGCCUCCUUUGAAAACGUCCGAGCAAAGUGGUACCCGGAGGUGCGGCACCACUGCCCCAACACGCCGAUCAUCCUGGUGGGCACCAAGCUGGACCUGAGGGACGACAAGGACACCAUCGAGAGGCUGAGGGACAAGAAGCUGUCACCCAUCACAUACCCACAGGGCCUGGCCAUGGCACGCGAGAUCGGUGCAGUGAAGUAUCUGGAGUGUUCUGCUCUGACCCAGCGGGGGCUGAAGACGGUGUUUGACGAGGCCAUCCGGGCCGUCCUGUGCCCCCCUCCCGUCAAGAAGCGCGGCCGAAGGUGCACACUCUUCUGAGGACGCCCCACCUCCUCCUCCACCUCGUCUACCCCCCCUCACCUCCACCCCUCUUUUAUGACAUACACACAUACACAUCAGCCACUGUCAUCAUGACAUACACCGGUGUGCCAACCCCCCUGAAUCACCCCCACCUCCCUCCACCACCAUCAGCACAGGUGUCAGUCUUGGUUGCGGAGAGUAGAAACCUUGUCACAUAUUUCCUCGUCUGUGUACUCAUGGCUGGUUUUUAGCCUGGCUAUCGCGACUUCAAAGCUCGGGUCGCGAAAUUUUGGGCAGUCACAGGAAGCAUGGGCAGCUACCUACCUACACUUCCUGUCUCACUGAUUCCACCACAGUAUCCAGCUCUUUGACUUGGUAUGGAAAGGGUUUUGUUUUUUACAGUUUGUGGAUAUUCAGUCAGUGCCAUGGUCCCAGUGGAGUACCAUUCAGUUUGGUUUGGAGAUGUUUUCUAGUGUGUGAACCUGUGGAUAGAAAUGGAAAAGAUCUUUUUUGCAUCAGUUUUGUUCAGCAUUAGUGAGUGAGUUUCGUUAAACUGUAGGAAAGGGGGUGAUAACUAUAACAACAGCAACAACAAAAAAUGGCGUUGCUUUCUAAGAAACGAUUAUGUUCAGCCUGCUGAGAAAUAUAGUGUCUUGUGGUUUUGGAUGGAUUUUGUUUUUCUUACGUACAGUAACUCACAUUCCUGAGAAUAGGUUGUUUUUAUUAUCUAGAGGUAACUGGUAAAAGAUGCUGUCUUAAGAUCUGUGUAGUAGGCCUAUGGUAGUUGUUUCAGAGUGUAUAUUAUUCUGGAACGCCUAAAAAGUAGAUGUGAGAACUGAAGCACCCUCUUCCUGUUGAAGCAAAAUCGCUGAUUCUUGGAGGGAAAAAAAACAUUCUUGUCUGACGUUUGGCGCUGUGAAACAAAAAGCCAGAUGAGGGCCAGACCUGAGCCGCAUCUGGACCAGACCUGAGCCACAUCUGGGGCCAGACCUGUGCCGGACCCGGCUGUCAGAACCAGUAUAGGUCAGCAGCACAUCGGAAUGCAGUAGUGUGUUAAAAAAAACCCUUGCACACCAUCUAAAGGCUCUUUUCCACAGCCGGUUUUCUG